AGAGGGCUGGUGUAUUUGUGCCUGCUGGAGGUGGAAUUAACAGUCAGGAGGAGAAAGGGAGUGAAGGAGCCCACAGGAAGGUUUUCAAGUAAAUUCAGGGAAACACACUGACUUGACUAGCACAACCUUGAGUCUUGCUUUACACUAAGACGACACAAAAGAUGUUAAAGUUAUCACCAAGCUGCCGGACAAAUAUAUGUUCCAACACCAAGGUGCAGAUCAGCGUAGAUCUGUGACUCAGAAAUCAGGAUUUGUCUUGGGAAGAGCACAAGGGCUGAGAAGAAGUCAAGAGACAGUGAAGAUGACUUUGGGAACUACAGUUUAUCAGAAGAUCAACCUCCGUUAAUUCAAAUACCAAAGGCCUGAUUGGCAUACAUUCAUAUAGGAAUGCAUAGGUCAUCUGAUCAAAUCAUAUUAGCCGUCUCCCGCUACAUCAAUGCAGCAAAAACUCUUAACAACUGUGGAUAAUUGGAAAUCCGAGUUUCAGCUUUCUUAGAAAUAACAACUCUUGACAUAUUCCAAAAAUAUUUAAAAUAGGGCAGGAAAAACCGUGAGGAUGUUGUGUUCAGAAAUGACACUGUCAUGAAGAAUAGGUAAAUUUGUUUUCAGCUACUGGGAACGUAUACCUCCUAGGAACUUAGAUUUUUUUUUUUUUUUUUUUUUUUUUUUUUUUUUUAAGAGGAGAAGAAGGACUAAAAAUACCAGCUUUUGCUUUUGGACAAAAAUGCAUCUGACUGUAUUUUUACUUAGGGGUAUUGUGGGUUUCCUCUGGAGCUGCUGGGUUCUAGUGGGUUGUGCAAAAGGAGGUUUGGGAGACAAUCAUGUUCACUCCAGUUUUAUUUAUAGAAGACUACGGAACCACGAAAGACGGGAGAUCCAGAGGGAAAUUCUCUCUAUCUUGGGUCUGCCUCACAGACCCAGACCUUUUUCACCUGGAAAGCAAGCUUCCUCCGCACCUCUCUUUAUGCUGGACCUGUACAACGCCAUGGCCAGUGAGGACACUUCCGAGGAGCCGGAGUCCUCGGGGAGGGCAUCCUUGGCAGGAGAGACCAGAGGAGCCAGGAAGGGACCCCCAGCCUCUCCCAAUGGGUACCCUCGCCGUAUACAGUUGUCUCGAACGACUCCCCUGACCACCCAGAGUCCUCCUCUAGCCAGCCUCCAUGAUACCAACUUUCUGAAUGAUGCUGACAUGGUCAUGAGCUUUGUCAAUUUAGUUGAAAGAGACAAGGAUUUUUCUCACCAGCGAAGGCAUUACAAAGAAUUCCGGUUUGAUCUUACUCAAAUUCCUCAUGGAGAAGCAGUCACGGCAGCAGAAUUCCGGAUAUACAAGGACCGGAGCCACAACCGAUUUGAAAAUGAAACGAUUAAGAUUAGCAUCUACCAGAUCAUCAAGGAAUACGCAAAUAGGGACGCAGAUCUAUUCUUGUUAGAUACGAGAAAGGCCCAAGCUUUAGAUGUGGGUUGGCUUGUCUUUGAUAUCACGGUGACCAGCAAUCACUGGGUGAUUAAUCCACAGAACAAUUUGGGCUUACAGCUCUGUGCAGAAACAGGAGAUGGCCACAGCAUCAAUGUAAAGUCAGCCGGUCUGGUGGGGAGACAUGGACCUCAGUCAAAACAGCCGUUCAUGGUGGCCUUCUUCAAGGCAAGUGAGGUGCUUCUUCGAUCAGUGAGAGCAGCCAACAAACGGAAAAAUCAAAACCGCAAUAAAUCCAGCUCUCAUCAGGACUCCUCCAGAGUGUCCAGUGUUGGAGAUUAUAACACAAGUGAACAGAAACAAGCCUGUAAGAAGCAUGAACUCUAUGUGAGUUUCCGGGAUCUGGGAUGGCAGGACUGGAUUAUAGCGCCUGAAGGAUACGCGGCCUUUUACUGUGAUGGAGAAUGCUCUUUUCCUCUCAAUGCUCACAUGAACGCCACCAACCACGCCAUCGUCCAGACUCUGGUUCACCUGAUGUUUCCUGACCACGUACCAAAGCCUUGUUGUGCUCCGACCAAAUUAAACGCCAUCUCUGUGCUGUACUUUGAUGACAGCUCCAAUGUCAUUUUGAAAAAAUACAGAAAUAUGGUAGUGCGUUCGUGUGGCUGCCACUAACCUGAGAGGAUAAUGGUAAUGAGACAAAGAUCUGUAUUAAGGUUUAUGACUACAAUAAAAAGUAUCUUUUCAGAUAAAAGGGGACUUUCAUGAAAUUAGUCUGGUUCAUUUCAUUUCUCUAACCUAUGUACAAUAUCAUGUAUUAUUUUUUAUUUAUUUAAAGGUCUAUAUUCUCCUUUGUGGAUGCCUUUUCAAGAAAAAUCUAUUUGAUAGGUCACUGCUUCAUGCAGUAGAUGGCCCAGUCUAACUUUCAAUGGGCUAGGCUGAGGCCAAUUCCAUUUCAACAUUUUAAAAUAUGACUUUUAUAUAAUUUUCUGAAAUUAGACAGAACUCCUUUAACUGUUAAGUAUUGUUGAAGGAAAUGGAACGCAUUUGGUUAUGCUCUGCCAAUGAAAACUAUGAUAGAGUAUUGAUUUAGAAAUAAAACCAAAAAAAAAAAAAAAACCCAAACAAAAAUGCUUGGAUGAACACAGUUUUUUCUUUGUGAGUUUCUGCUUCAUUAGAUAAAGGGAAAUGUUGAACUGGAUGCGAACAGAUACACGGGAGGCAGACCACCGUUGCUGAACGAUUGCACGCAAUUGUUCUAACUGUUCGCUGUAACAGAAUCGGUGUGGCUGCACGUUCCUUCUUGGCUUGAGGAGUGUAGAUUCUGCAAAGAGCUCAAAGCUUCAGGAAUCCCGCCGAGACAGACUUGAGCCUGGGGCCAUCACUUUCCAAGUUCACGCUCAAAAAGCGUAGUACAACCUUCUUACCUCAAAUCAGUCAUGUCUGCCUAUUGUCUAGAACACUGCUGCUGCGGAUUUUUUUUUUUCCAGACUUCAAAACAGUCCAAAGUAAAGAAAUAUUUACACAUGUUCCACCUCCCCUCCCCCCGAUGAGACGCUGCGUGCAUAAAACACAGCCGAGCAAGGAGGCAGCCAGAGCCGUUUUCCGUAGCUCUCUUUUGUAACCGAGCUUGCUGAUUGAUAUGAUGCUGGGGGUUUUAUUUAGGGUAAAAGCACUGAAACUGAACUGGAGGAAAUUACCCCAAAUCCCAGAAUGGCUUUGACAGAAUUGCCAUUUUGAAAAGAACAGCUGAAAUCCAUUUUUCAUAUCUUUGAGAAUGAGCUCAUUGAAAACCCUAUUUUGGAAGGGGAUUCUGUAACCCUUCCUCCAAGCACAAAUAAUUCCAAAUGGGAAGGUUCUGUUGUGUGUAUGUGCCUGUGUGUUCUAGCCUCUGAAAUUAAUUUAUUUUCUCUGUCACUCUCUCUGCCUUUUAAGGUUUUUCUUUAACCCACUGACUUUGGGAAGAAUGACAUUUUGUGGAUAACUUGCUAUUUCUGUUGGCUUCACAGUUAGCCUUAUUACAGUUCAUCUGAAGUAAUCAUAAAGUACCGUUUAUUAAUCACCCUUUUGGACUUUGCAAAUAAAACUUGUCUCAGAAAUAGCUUCAAAAUGUUAUGGGUUCGCUUGUAAUCCAGGAAUAUUGCAAUGCUGUUUGAAAAUACAGUUUAUCUUAAAGUGAAUUUGAUAGUAACUAUAAUGGAGUACAUUAAGUAAUAUAUUUUUGAACUGAUGGUAUACCGUUAUAAGAAUAAGAAACGAAAGUCUAUUAUAUUAUUCUCUAAAUGUGCUGUUUAAAUAUAUUUCUAUAUUAAACUUGUGAUG